UUAGUGGAUAGGUGUGAGCGGUGCUUGCUGACGCUUGUUGAAGAAAGGUCAACACUGCUUUAUCUGCAGACAUCACCCACUGCACACUCCGGAUAUCCACCAUUCGUUCUCCUUUCCACUUCAGAUACUCGACUAUGAGGGCAGCCAUUUGCAAAAGCCAGCUGACAACUUUUGCCUUUGCUGUUAUGUUCUGCACAGACAGCACUUUGUCGAUGUCAGCCAGAGAGGUGGCAGAAAAGAGGCCUCACGUCAUUCUCAUCGUCGCUGACGAUUUGGGCUGGAGCGACGUAUCCUGGAACAACCCCAAUGUAGUCAUGCCUCACAUGGACGCCCUAGCCAAAAACGGGGUUAUUCUGAACCAAUCUUACGUUCAGCCAACAUGCACACCAACCAGAGCUGCUCUCCUGACAGGAAGGUACCCAUUUAAACUGGGACUUCAGAAGGAUGUCAUAGCAGCAAACGAACCAGCAGGACUUCCACUUCAUGUGGAUAUACUGCCACAGUUACUGAAGAAAGCGAACUACGAAACUCAUGCCAUUGGAAAAUGGCACCUGGGUUUCUGUUCCUGGGACUACACUCCCACCAAAAGAGGAUUUGAUUCCUUCUAUGGAUACUACACUGCGGCUACAGAUUACUAUACCCACAAGAGAUCUACGUCUGUGAAGGUACCAGAAGAUAAAGCUAGAAGAGACCACGGCGGAGGAUUCUUAGACUUGAGAAACAAUACGACACCAGAUGACACAAAGGAUGGAGUUUACUCUACUCAUCUGUUCGCGUCAGUGGCUGAAGACAUAGUGAGAUCACGCAAACCCCAGGAUCCACUGUUCAUGUACCUGGCUUUCCAGAGCGUCCAUUCUCCAGUUCAAGUUCCUCAGAAUUACUCGCAGAUCUACGAGCACAUCCAGGACCAAGAUCGAAGGAAUUACCUAGCUACUUUAGACUUUGGUUGGAGCAACCCACAUCCCGAGAACACACUUAGUGUCAGUUAUUUUCAGAACGGAGGCUCUGUCAAGAACAGCGCGAGCAACUGGCCGCUCAGAGGAGAAAAAUCCAGCUUAUGGGAAGGUGGAGUGAGAGGAGUUGCCUUCAUUCACUCUCCAUUUUUACCGAAUCCAGGAACAGUUACCAAUCAGUUGCACCAUGCCACAGACUGGUUCAGGACAAUCAUUGAAAUCACUGGCAGCCCAACUUCCGAAGUUGACGGUGUUAGUCAGUGGGAUGCCUUCGCAGGGGUCUCUGGCCCACCGAGGGACAAGAUGAUCUACAACAUGUACAGCCUUGAAGGAUUCAAGGCAGGAGUCAGAUUUGGCGACUACAAGAUGCUGAUUGGACGCAUGCUCAGAAACAACUGGGCAUCGUCUCCACCAUCUGCAGACAGUCCAGCACAAUACAAGCACGAGGUCGGCCACAAAAUUCGCCGACCAGCCUGGCCAGAGAGGAAGCUUCCAGCCAAUUUUCUGGCCAGGAAGAACAAGGAACUCACAGGGGGUGAAACUCCUGUCAAUGACACUUCCAAAAGUUUCUUCAGUGAACCAACCAGUAACAAAUUCAAUGACUUUGACUAUUCAAAAAAGGAGAGUUCUGGAGAUUUUACUCACAGAAAUCGUAGGGCAUUUCAAAAGAAUAAAGGAAAAAGAAGAAAGGACGGAGAACAAUACAUUCUGUGGCGUGAUUUGAAAAACCAUCCAGAGCUGGUGUGGCAAGCUCAAGUGAUGCAGAUCUUGGACCAACAUAUAAAAAACACGAACAGGAUUAGACUUUUCAACAUGAAAGAUGACCCAGAGGAGAGAAACAGCCUGUCUACAACUAAUAUCCAUGUACUCCAAGCAAUGUUAGACUACCUGUCUACACAAUUGCAAUAUAUGAAAUCGAUUCCAGCAAACAGGAAAGUCAUAGCUGCGCAUCCAGUAUACUGGAAUGACGUCUGGUCACCCGGGUGGUGUCAAGCAACGUUUUGACAACAAACGUUUGCCCGUUGAAAGACGUUUGUCGCACUUACCUUUUGGCCACAACUGCGUGAUGCAGGAUGCAGUCUUGUCAAAUUUGAAUCUGGAGAUGUUAAUGCCACUUUCAUCGCGAGUUUGAAUACAACUUCAUUUUGUUUUAUUGUGGUUGUACCAAUUGCUUCUAGAAAGUUUAGUAUAUCUUAGUUUUACCAGACCACUGAGCUGAUUAACAGCUCUCCUAGGGCUGGCCCGAAGGAUUAGAUAUUUUUACAUGGCUAGGAACCAAUUGAUCACAUAGCAACGGGACCUUCAGCUUAUUGUGGGAUCCGAACCACACAAUAUCGAGAAAUGAAUUUCUAUCGCCAGAAAUAAAUUCCUCUGAUUCCGCGUUGGCCGAGCCGAGAAUCGAACUUCGGACCAUCGGAUUGGCAGCCGAGCGCGAAAUCUACUCGUCCAACGAGGAACUUAAUUGGUUCUAGAAUAGUCUACUGUUAGCCAUAUUAUGUAAACCAAAUCUGUAAUGUAUGAGGUCUUUCUCAUAUGAUUCUGACUUAUAAAAUGUCACAUAUUUUCAUAAGCAGAAAUCCCAUAGAAUAUAUUUAAUAAAAGCACAAAAUGAAUACAUCUUACAGGUAUGGAGAUAGGGACUGAAAUACGAGCGCUGUUAUGAACAAGUUGAUUCAGCAGCAACCCUUUGUGUUCUGCCUAGAAACUGAGCGAAAUUCUUUUAGCAUUUCGUAAUCGAGAUUCAGCGCUUCUUUUGUGAGAUGGAAUGAGGAUGGAAUCAAUCGCGGAAGAAUGUUUAUAUACUCAGCUCGCCCGGACAUUCAUCUCGAAUGAUCAGUGGUUCGAUACGUGAUCGGGGCAUGGGCAUCAUGGGCGCAAGUUGGGAUGUCAGGUCAAAGACAUAUGAUCUGGUUCUGAAUUGAAUUGAAUAGAAAAUUUAGGCUAAUUGCCAAGGCACUAGGACCUACGAGGUCAUUCAGCGCUGAAACGGAAAUUGACAGUAAAAUGCUUUGAAAGGUGUAACAGGAUGAAAACCUCAAAGCAGUUGCACUAUGAAUCAAUUGUUAGAAGAGGGUGGAGAGUAAGAUGGAAGAAAGAGAACAUGAAAGGAAGUACAGUAAAGGGAACAAAAGGGGUUGCAGCUAGGGGCCGAAGGUAUGCUGCAUACACCUUAAGUAACGCCUACAGUGCACCACUGACGUCACUACCCUCCUGCAGGGUAUGAUCUGGUUUUGAUCAGAUCUUUGGGGUGGGUCAUACGACCAUACGUACGUGUGUGCGUGAAAGUGUAUGUUUCCGAUGUGGAAAAGGGUGUGUAACUCGGCACUUGGGGUCAUGUCACGAAUUUCCACGGACCUAUUUUGAGUGGGAGCUUCUCUACUGCUGAAGGGGUAAGCGAACUUGCGUUCAAUCCCCAAAAUGUAUUUUUUUCUUUUAUAUCUUGAGCGUUUGUUUCCCAGUUUUCUCUUUAAUAUGUGACUGUUCCAAGAUACUCGUAUUUGCUUUUGCUCUAUGCAUUGAUUUUUAUAAUUUUGAUUAUCUUUAUUUGCCAUUUAUCUUUGUGUAUUCAUGCGGAAUUCCUUCUUCCUCAGAUGGAUCUGAAAGUCAUUGAUGAUGGGGUACAUGUCAAAUUGACCGGGACUCUUUUAACUGGGUAUUCCUGACUGGGGAGAAUUAUUGUGAUUAUCUGUGUAUUUUUUUGACUGGUGUUUAAAGAUGGUUUGUUUGUUUGUAUGGCGCUUUUACGUUGCAUGGAACCAGUGGUUAUUCAGCAACGGGACCAACGGCUUUACGUGACUUCCGAACCACGUCGAGAGUGAACUUCUAUCACCAGAUAUAGACAUCUCUAACCCCUCAAUGAAAUGCCCGAGAAUAGAACUCACGGCCAAGGAGGGGGCAUGCCAAGACCAUACCGAUCACGCCACAGAUGAGGCGCUGUUCAAAGAUGGGUAAGGUACUGGAAGAAGCGGGAUUUUGACUGGUUUUGUCCAGUCACCAGUUUUAUUUUGGAAUCCAAUUUCAUAUUUCGAUUUACCAUUUUCUAUGUCGGUGUAUCAUUUGGGUGUUACUCAUGUAGAAGUUAUAGAGUUUCAGGACUCGACUUAUUUAUAAUCUGCUUUUUUUCCAUCUGUCCAUCCGCCUGUGGUAUUCUCGCAUGGUAACACUGCUUCCCGGGCUUUAAAUAAUAUCCUAUUUCGAAUAUUAACGGUGUAAUUUGAAUACAGUAAAUUAUUAAAACACUAUUCAGUUGCAAAUGUACACCCAGAUAUCCUUUUAUUUAACUAAAACUUACACAGCGUAACUAUUUACAGCCCGGGACGCAGUGUUACCAUGCGCGAGUACCACAAGCGGAUGGACAGAUGGAACCAAAACAGAGUAUAGUUAAGCAGUGCCUCAA